CUUCAGAUUACUCGCAAAGAUAUUUCUCUUGCAGAUGCUGAAAGUGAAUUCUCUAUAAAAUCGGAGGAGAUGCAAGCCCUCCAAUCCAAAAUGAAGAAAGAGAUACAGGCUCACCAAUCUAGGGCAGAGGAAUUAGAGCGGGAUCUUUCUUUAGCACAGGAGGAGUUGUCAGAAAUAGAAUCUCUCCAAUCUAGGGUAGAGGAAUUAGAGCGAGAUCUUUCUUUAGCACAGGAGGAGGUAUCAGAAAUGGAAUCUCUUAGGC